CCGUGAGAUCGGGUUGGGGGUACCAGUCGAACUCGGAGACUUCGUUCAGGCGGCGGAAGUCAUUACAAAAGCGGAGGGUGCCAUCCGGCUUUGGGACCAUUACAAUGGGGCUGGACCAUGGACUCCGGGAUGGUUCUGUUACCCUCAACUUCAGCAUUUGUUGGACCUGAUGCCUGAUGAUGACGUUGCAUCACUCGGUCGAUCCGUUCCUUCAUUUGCCGGACGUGCUCGAUGAUGGUACGAUGAGGGGCAGGCUGCUGCUCCCACGCUUCCUGGGCCACGUCCAAGAGGCCCCGAGGUUACCGGCCGAACAGAAGCUCGAAGGGGGUGAAGCCAGUUGAGGCCUGAGGAACUUUGCGGAUCCCAAAGAGCACGUAGGGGGGUCCCAGUCCCGCUUGUCCUCCGCCGCUACGCAUCUGAGCAUUUGCUUGAGGGUUUGGUUAAAUCUCUCUACGAGCCCAUCGGUCUGGGGGUGAUAGACUUUGGUCCUCAACUGCUUCACCCGUAGCAGCCUGCAGAGAUCCGCUAUUAGCCGGGCCAUGAAGGGUGUUCCAUGGUCAGUCAGGAUCUCCGAGGGGAGGCCGACUCAGUCGGCUGGCCAGCAGAAACAGCUCCUGGGCGAUGGACUUCGUGGUGGCCUUCCGCAGGAGGACUGCUUCUGGCUACCGGGUGGCAUAGUCGACGCUGGUACUUGCUGGUGGACGAUGCAGCCUGCCAGCACUGUGCCUUCGAGCGGGCGUCGCUCUUGGACCACCCUCCGGGGGAAUGGCAGCAGCCAGUCCCCUGCCCCGCUGGGAUGGACAGCAUCUGCCAGUUCGAUCGCCUCCACCAGCAGGCGAUCGACUACCACUCAUUCCGCUACCUGUGUUGGGGUGGGGUCUCCCUCCAGCAACCAAUGUUGGGCGAUGUGGCUGAGUUCGGCUGCUUGGGCAUGGGCUGGCACCCGGGGCUUGUAUUCCCAUUCGUGAAACUGCUGGGCAGCGCACACAGGGGAGAGGCCGAGCCUAGCCAGGAUCUCUCGCUUGACUUUGGCAUAGUUGUUGGUGGUCGUAAAGGGGAGCGAGAAGUAAGCCCUCUGUGCUUCACCGGUGAGAAGGUUGCCAGCGCACGUGCCCAUUCCUCCUCGGGCCAUCUCUCAUGGUGGGCGGUGUUCUCGAAGAUUUGAAGGAAGGCCUCCACAUCGUCAUCGACAGUCAUUUUUGGUAACAGGCGGGUGGCUUGUGCCCGAGGCUCAGGUAGCGGAACGCGCUGGGCUGCAGCGACCCGGAUGGUAGCAUGUUCCUCCUCCGUCCUGCCCAGGCGAGUGGCGAGGUGUUCUGCUAUUUGCUGCUGGCGGAUGCUCACUUCAGCGAGGCGUUGUAAGACAUCCUCCAUCGCGGGGACGUCGAGCGCCGCCUUCCGUGGUGCUGAUGACACAAACAGGGAAAGAGGGGGAAAAAAAAUUAGGAGUUGGUGCGGUGAUGUUGUUGGUAAUUCUUCACUGUUUUGCCCACAUUCUCCACCACUUGUCACGGGGUGAAGAAUCACUCUACAAGGGGUGCGUGAAUUAAAUGCCCCGGAGGGUGGAUUUAUUUAUAAGUGUUGGGUGCCUGGUGAAGUGAUCUGGUGGCUGGUGCUUCCCGUGUGCUCUCCGUGCUCUUCGGUGCCAAUCAAAGUGAAAGUGGGUGUCCUGACGUGGUCCAAUGUGGGUGGGCUGUCGGUCACUUGUUGCUUUCUGUGAAGAAAUGAGAGAGGGAUUAGACCAGCGUUGCAUUCGGUUCGAGAACGUCUGGUGGAUGCAGCAUGUGCCGCUUUAGAGUGUGCAGGCUGACGGGGAGCAGCUGUGAAUGUUCAGCCGGUGAUGAGGACGUGCAGGUGUUUUCCGUUGGUUGCCAGGGCGAUGCUGAUUCCUCCGGGAACACUCGUCACAAUAUAUAUAUAUAUAUAUAUAUAUAUAUAUAUAUAUA